UUUCAGUUCGUUAACUCUUUGUGACAUUUCGAUAGUUGAAAGAAUACUAAUCGUAGCUCUAUUCACCACAUCUGUAGCGUAUGAGAAAUACAGAUGUGACCCCAGACAUGAAUUUCAACACAUUUGUCAGUAUUAAGAAAAUAGAAUGGAAAGCCUAUUUACUCAAACCUGCCAUUACUAGAAGUCUAAGGGCGGCUGCUGAAUCAUGUUGAUAAAUAUUUGAAGUAGUAUUACAAAGUAUUAUUUAAACAAUCCAAACUUUUACAGUCUAAAAAAGAGGUCUUAGGAGGAAACCGAUCUAAAAGAAUGUCUUCCCCAAACUUAUAUAUGUAGUUUUAUGUAUUUUUCCAACACGUGAGCAAUACAGUAAAAAAUAAUUGUGGUUUUCUGGGAUUCAGGGACGUUCAGAGAGAAACUGAGGUAUGUCCUGAUUCCCGUGUUUACAUUAAUAACGCAUAACCACAUAUUCCUCCCUCUGAAUAAGUAGUCCCAGCUAGGAAAGGACAAAUUAUACAAAUUUAAAGAUUAGGCUAAUUUACAAAUGUGUUUUGUACUGAAAAAUUGUACAAAACUGUGUGUUAUGUAUAAACAUUUAUUGACUGACUCAACAGCUGCCCUUAGACUUGUAUGUGUGUUUUGAAUAAACAGUUUGUUCUUUUCUCAGUGUAUGGAAACGUUGAAAUUCUGUUGUGUUGAUCGUGCAUGCAAUACAGAUGCAGUGGGGAGUAUUUCUUUGACGUGGUUUUAUCAGUUGUUCGCCAGGUGAUACAAGGUUGAGGUGAUACUGGAGGUUUAGUGUACCAAAGUUUGAUUUGUGCUAUCUGCAGGUCGCAGAUCUUAUUAGCCAUGUUCUGCUAGGAGGAGAGGGAGGUGUAGUGAAUUCUUUGCUUCAGGAAGUUUGGAGUAUGUGGGCCAGUUGUUGUAACUGGCUCUGUCUGGACUCACCCACUGUGGAGGAAAGCAGCAGCCGUCGAUCUAGCUCACGCCAUCAGGCGUAUACUAACUCUGGCUACAGCAGCUACCCAUCUCCAACAGCUCCAGAGCACACGUGUAAGGCAUGUGGAGGCCGCUUUGAUGCUCUUGAAAGAAAGCAUGUAUGUGUAGACUGCAAAAAGAAUUACUGUAGCCGCUGCUCCGCUCAGUUAGAGCCUCAUCCACGGUUGUGCCACACGUGUCAGCGUUUCCAUGGUACCAUGUUUGAGCGGGCAGAGCUGAUGAAGCUAAAAGUAAAGGACUUGAGGGACUACCUUCAUUUGCAUGAAGUCCCUACACAAAUGUGCAGAGAGAAAGAGGAACUUGUGGAGCUGGUCCUUGGUCAGCAGACCCCUACCUCUGAUGCAUCCACACCAAGCGAGACACAUGCACACACACCUCUGUCUGAGCAGGAAACGAUCUCUGAACCAACCACAAUCACUGAGCAGUCCUCUACAGGGAGUGGUGUUGUGACAGACCUGACCUCCCAGUCACAGACUGCAGAGGACGAGCAGAUUGAGUCAGUGGCAGAGGAGCCAGAUGAUGUUGAGGAGACAGAGCUUCAGGGGGCACAGGAAUGCCAGUCAUCAGACUCGGACGAGGCGUUGCCCUCGGGUCGGCGGGCAUCUCUCUCAGACAUUUCCUCAGUGGAAGAUAUCGAGGCGCUGAGUGUGCGUCAGUUAAAGGAAAUCUUGGCCAGGAACUUCGUCAACUACAAGGGAUGUUGUGAAAAAUGGGAACUGAUGGAGCGAGUCACACGCCUCUACCAUGACCAGAAGGAUCUGCAAAACCUAGAUUCUACAGCGCCGGCCAACAUGGAAGAAAACUUGUGCAAGAUCUGCAUGGACUCGCCAAUCGACUGUGUGCUCCUGGAAUGCGGACACAUGGUCACGUGCACAAAGUGCGGCAAGCGCAUGAGCGAAUGCCCCAUCUGCAGACAGUAUGUGGUCCGGGCCGUGCACGUUUUCCGAUCUUGAACCAGCGCAUCUUUGGUUGGAGGAUUAAAAACUCUUUCUCGUCUUUUUCUCAUCUUUGCCCAUGGAAGAGCCAUCAUCGCCCUGCUGCUUCAUUUGACUUACCAGCAACUGUUGAACUGGUUGAACUGUGAAGAAUAGAAUAAUGAUACACUAGCAAUAAUUUUUUUCUUGUGUUUAGCUGUCAAGCAGGUUUGUGUUUGUUAAAUUCUAUAGUGUGUGGCUUGAAACUACUGCACUUACUACAGUGCUGGAACAUUACAUGGACUUCUUAGAUUCAGGAUGUAGUUUUGCAAAUAAUUUAAUAAUUUUCUAGCACAUUUGUUACAGCUCCAGUUUAAACCUAAACGACCAAAAUCUGUUCACACAAAUGCACUGGUUAUGUGGAAUGCAAAGGCAGCAGGAUUAUAAGCUCUCCAAACAAAAAAGAUUCACUUUCACCAAUAGCAAUGCUUAAUUGUACAAUGUCAGUAUUGCACACCUGUCUAAGCAGAGCACAACAGUGACACUCCCACGUCCCAUGAUGACAGCUGUAGGCUGCAUAGGGCCAAAUCUGUGUGACUUGUUUGACGAGCAUGAUGGAACACGGUGACAGUUUGACAGGCCUGAAAAAUCACUGAAUGCCACAGAGCAGGUGACACCAAAAUAGGUCCCGCAAACUCUAGGUGAUUUUGAGCACCCAGUCAGUGAAAGAGUGGACUAAACCUGACAGGAAAUAUCUCGAGAUAUCCCAUCCUUACAGGAUUGUCGCUGUUAUUAAGUCUAGGGAAGACGUAACCAAGUAUCAAGAAUGAAAUACCACAUACAACUCACUUUUACUCAGUUUCACUUAGUUAACUGCAUUACUCUUGCUAUUCUCUGCUACUGCAGUGUUUGAUGAAGAUACUCAGAAUUCAUCUUGACAUGUCCAGAUUUAGGUUUAUAUUUAUGUCUUUGUGAAUCCAGAAAGUUUUCGCCAUUCGUUUGUGAGUGAUAAAAGAUUUAUAUCUGAUGCAGUGCGAGCUGAACUUGUGUCUCAAGGCCUUCAGUUCACAAGCAAAGAUAAUUAAUUUGCUAUAAAACUACACCAAAAUGAUGAGAAAAGUACAGAAUUCCUGUGAGUAAUCUUUUCUUGUGGAAAUAUACCAUUUACAGAGUUAGUAUUUUUCUACAGACAUUCUCAUUGCUUUAUAAAAUGAGUGAAGGCCAUAGGGAAUUUAAUAUUACAUCGAAAGGAGUGUUUCUGUAAUUGUCAAUGCAAAGAAAAUCAUAAUAAUACGAUGUCACUUUGAGCAGCAGCUGUAAUAGCUAAGACUGUCUUAAGAUGAAGGAUGAAUGUUCUAAAACCCCAUUUUGAGAAAAUGAGUGUGUGUGUGACAUUUAGGUGUACAGUAAUGCUAACAAAUGUGUAAUGCCUUAAUGUUCUGUCCACCGUAGGCCUGUCAUCUAAACCCGUAAAGUAAACAACUGAUUUGUGCUGCUUUUAUCACUAUGUUAAAUACAUGCGACAGAACAUCUCGAUAAUCAAAGUCCAGAGCGUCUGCUCGCUGUUUGACUUUAAUGUUGCCGUUUAUUGGUACUUGAUACUGAUAGAAGCUCACAGUAGACUCAGUUUAAAUUAUGUGUGGCAGUGCAGUGCACUGUGUGGGCUUCAAGUUGACAGAAUAUUGCAGUGAUGCAUUGGAAUUUAAAUUUAGUACUUGGGAUAGACGCUAACCACGCUUCACUGGAAACAGGUGUACAUUUACAGCCUCUUAGCUUCAGGAACCGGUUUCAGGAAGUAGGUGAAAUAUUAGCAGCAUUUCAGCCCUAUGCACUGAUACAAGUCUAGAUACUGUGCCAAAAUAAGAUUACUGUCUCUGAUUAUGGCACUCUACGGGUCUAAAUGACUGCUAAUACUUCUCAAUGCCUUCAGAUUUCCCAGAUUAGUGGAAACUGAUCAUGGAAGUCAUUUAUGCUGAAGUACUUUUGGGACAGAGAGCGCUGAAACAGAAAUGUGCCUUUACUUGUUGCAGAGCUUAGCAAAGUCUGCAUAACAGAGAUGUGUUUUUAUAGAAACCAAAUGGAUUUAUGAGAAACUGUGUAACAUCUUUAAUAGACAGCACCUUAAAUCAUGCCAGAUAUUGCGUGAUAACUGUUUUUGUUAUUCUGGUCUUUUUUUUUCUUUUUCUUUUUUUUUUUUGGUAAACUGUUUCUGAAGGCCUUUUCUACAUCUCAAAAGGCUGUUCCAAACUGUUCAGUUGUUUGUCUUUGGGACAUUUGUAUAAAAAAAUCACUCAACAUCUGGUAUUAUUUUAAUCCAGGGACCUGCACAGUUCUCAAAUGCUGUAGAAUAGCCAGUGCUGAUUGUUACUGAUUGAAUAAAUACUAUUUGUAACUUAAUGCCUUAAUCAUUCUUUAUUUCUCUACAACGAUGAAGUUAUUUAGAAAGAGCCUGGGAUUUCUACUGAGGUCAUUCAGAACUCAGCAUUGGUACAAGGUAUAUUGUAAUGCUUUGUUUUAUUUUUCAUAGAGAAGACAUUAUUUCUUUUUGUAAAUGCAUGAUUAGUGUCAGAUAUGGGUUCCGGUUUCUUAACCAGAUACAAUGUAAAUUUAUGUCAACAAAACUCUUUGUAGAGAAGUUAAUUUAAAACUGCCUACUAGAUUAACUAAUUGAAGUUUCUUGUGUGUUCUUCUUUUGAUGGUUUUGUAUUAAAAUACUUCCUGGA